UGGUCCCCCAUGUCAUGGGUAUGACUCCUCCCCUCGACUUAUCCUCUUCCUCCCGACACCUCCUCCUCCCAUCUUCGUUGCCGCGAGCUCGGGAGGCAGGGUCGCAGGGAGCCAUGCCCCAACGGAUGGACUCCCAAGUCCAAGGCAGCAACAGCAGCAAGCACCUCAAGCGGGCUGCGUGCGUGGAGGACCAUGGGACCCCGUCAGGCACCCCUGUCCGGCUGCUAUUUCCGGCCUCUUGCCGCCGGCUUCUUCCACAGGAGCCACGACAACGACAAAGGUGCGCCGCCGCGGUUCCUCCGGGUCAACUCCUCCCAGUGCCCUUCUCAGCGCGAAUGCUGGCGGAGAUCCUCUGGGCCGGAGACGUGGGGUGUAGCCGGGGCGCCGGACGCAACCACCGCUGCGCUGGGGUGGAGCAGCGGCGUGCGGGUGGCGGAGCAAUGGCGCCAGAGGAACGGAGAGCUCUGGCGCGCCAAGCCAACCGUCGAUAGGGGAGAGCACUUCGACGGCUUGCUUCUCCCCUACAUCUAGGGGAGAGGGGAGGAGAUUUUGGCAAUUGCUCAAAAAAUUUUGGUGAUAACAUGAUAUUUCUGUGAAGUUUUGUGGCACUUGUAUCCGUUUUAACAAGAAGUGUAAGUUUCCAAGUGAUCCUUUUGAGCAAAUGGAAGGCAAUAAUGUACCCCGUGAAAGCAUGAUGCAAGGGGCUCCUUAUGGCAGUUUAGACUUACAUGGCAACUCUAUGCAAACCCAUGCUCCAAACUCAGGAAAACAGAUCUUCAACAACUCUCAGAUGCCUGGGACUUUCACAAUGACUAUAAACAGGGCUACAGAGCCUGUUGACUUUCCUGGGUUUCAAUUCAAAGAACAUGAAAAGUGUGAUAAGAACCAUCAUCACCACAAUCAUCACUCAAUGAACAGCAUGAAUGAUGAUGAGGAACAUGAUAUGAUUGAAGAUGCUACUGAUACCCCUAAUAGCAAAGGCAAGAAGGGCUCCCCGUGGCAUCGGAUGAAGUGGACAGAUACAAUGGUAAAGCUUUUAAUUACAGCAGUGUCAUACAUUGGAGAUGAUCAUGGUCCUGAUUUAGGUGGUCGUAGGAGGAACUUUACAAUAAUGCAGAAGAAAGGAAAAUGGAAGGCUAUAUCAAAGGUCUUGGGCGAGAGAGAAUGCCAUGUGUCACCACAGCAGUGCGAGGAUAAGUUCAAUGACCUUAACAAGAGAUACAAAAGGCUUACAGACAUCCUUGGCAGGGGUAUUGCUUGCAAUGUUGUGGCAAAUCCAGCACUUCUUGAUAGCAUGAAUCAUCUUUCCGAUAAGAAGAAAGAAGAUGCGAAGAAGAUACUUAGCUCAAAGCACUUGUUCUAUGAGCAGAUGUGUUCCUACCAUAAUAACAACCGUGAGUAUUUACCUGAAGAUCAUGCACUUCAGCACUCACUACUUCUUGCCCUUAGAAGUAAAGCUGAGCAUGAUCCUCGGAGGGACACAAGUGGAAAUGAUGAUGAAGAUGAUCAAAGCGUGGAUUCUGAUUAUGAGGAGAAUGAUGAAGAGCAACAUCACGUGCAUGCAAACAUGAGGGAGUCAUCCACGCACAAAAGGACACGCCAUGGUGAUGCAGCUUUGGUCACCUCAAGCUUUCAUAAAGGUAUUGAGAAGUCUGGUCCCAUUGACAUCGAAGUGGAUACCAACAAGGCUUUCCCAGGUGGAACCAACUGGUCUUUGAUGCAACAGGACUUGGCUUCACAAACACUAGAGGUUCAGAAACGUCUCUUGCAGAUUGAAGAAAAAGAUCUGGAACUCAAAAGGCAGCGUCUGAAGUGGGACCGAUACAGGAAGAAGAAAGACAGGGAGAUAGAAAGAAUGGAGAUGGAGAAUCAACAAAUGAUGAUUGAAAAUAAACACUUGGCAAAUGAGCUAAGACAGAAAGAGAUAGAGUUAGAGCUUAAGAUAAAAGGCCAGGCGAAUAAUCCAUGACCUUUGGUUUAUCAACGCUUCGAUUCUGUGUUAAACUAGUCCAGAUGGCUUUCGAUUCAGAAUGGAGCUGUGCUUCUGGAAGAGGUCCAGACUAGGUACUGGAUUGAAGUAGACUCUGAUAAUCGUUUCUGUGCGUUUGACUUGGUUCUCUGUGAUGUACUGGUUGGCCUCCUGCUUGUAACAUUCGCCUCUUGGGCAUUAGCAGGAUUGGGCUUGAUGUGCUUUGUCUGUAAGGCUGUUACUUGAAGUAUUCCGUAGUAUUUCUUCUUCUUCAGCAUUUAUGCCAAGGUGUGAAGCAGCUGCGACAGGUUCAGCUAAGAGCAACUCUAGUAGAGCUACUAAAUAUGCUGUCA